AUGACGCUAUCAAUCUCACGCUUCCUGCACAAGCUGGUCUUACUCCUGUCCAUAUCACCCUUGACGACCUCACGACACGUACAUCGCCGUCCCAUACACAAACACCAUGUCCGCCAACUCGUCGUACCAGCCGUAACAGCGAUCGAAGAGCCGUCUACAACGACAGAGGUGCCAGCAUCAUUUACAGCCGGCGAUGCUGCGAUUGAAGACAUCCAAGCGAUACAAGAUGGCCUGUCCGACCUGCCCAGAGAUCUCUUGACAUUCAUCCAGGCGAUAGAACAUCGCAUGGAAGAAUUGGAAGUGCUGUUUCAAAGCUUGAUACCAGGAUCUCCUGAGGCUGUAUCGACCUCCCAAUCGCCUUCUUUGCUGUCCGCGGCAUCGUCGACGGGAACGCUGCCAAUACCAGACUUCACUGGCCUGAGCAUUCCCUUGACUGGCUCGUAUGAGACUACACUGAACACUGCAACGGCACCGCGGGCGAGCGCAGUCACAUCGCGAUCAUCGCAGAGCUUCAAGUGGAUACUUUCCAGCAACGGGAGUAGUCCAAAUCCAGUGUGUCCGUACGCCAGCGGGACAGGAUAUCCGUUGCAUCCAGCUUCGUCCACAUACACUUUCGACCCUCAGGCCACUGGCAACAUAGCCAUCAACGUCUACAACAGCGGUAGAUCGCCCAUUCAAGGAGGUCUCUCGGCUAUUUGCGAUAAAGAAGAGAUCGACACCGUGCUCCUGUCUUUCUACACCACACUGCAAGGUCCUGAGGGCUAUCCGUCGUUCGGUGCGUCGGGGUGUACUUGGGAUCUGCCUGCAGCUCAGAAGGCUGCGGAAUCUAACACCUCUCUGUGCGCCGGACUGGUCGAAGGGGUGACCAAGUGUCAACAAGCAGGAAAAAAGGUUCUUGUCGGCUUGCAGAAUUACGAAGUGGAGGACCUCCCCUCAGACGAGCGCGCUACUGAGCUGGCCAAUAUCACCUGGAAUCUUCUUGGUGGAGGCGAGAUCGAUAGCCAGCUUAGGCCUCUUGGUCCAGGAAUCAAACUCGAUGGCUUCGUGAUGGAUGGCAUCAAGAAUACCUCGGAAUGGCUUGUCUUCGCCAGCUCGCUACGGAGUCAUUUCGACGAAGACUCAAGCAAAUCCUAUUACCUUGCUUCGGCACCGGACUGCUCGCUCGGAAACCCAUCCAUCGGCAUAGGAAUCAUGGCCCAGUCCGACUUCGUCUAUCCCGGGUUCACAGGCUGGGGUUGCGGUCUCUGGGGCCUCGAAUUCAACGAAGCGAAACCCGCCUGGCAAAACUCCACGGUAAUGAGUCUCGAGGUCUCGACCUUCGUAGAUACCUUGCAGCAAUGGUCGACUCUGCUAAUCGGCCAGAGCACGCUUCCCCAACCACCUAGGUUGUACCUUGGGAUGAGCAUUCCUCAAGAUCGGUAUGGGCCUGAGGACAAGUUGGCGAUGGUGUUCAAUGAGGUGCAAAAGCGCAAGAUCUCGAAUUGGGGUGGUGCGAUGAUUAGAAGUGGGGAUUCGAUGGUGAAUAAUGUUGAUGGAAGGGGAAACAACUAUCUGAGGGGCUUGAGAGUGUUGUUGAUUGUGGUGCUGAGAGCUGUUGGCCGGGUUUUGGGAAGUAGUUGCGUCGUCCCAUGUAUUCACAGAAACGCUUCUCCAUCGUGA